AUGAAGCUCCCUGCUUCGAUGUAUCACGCUGAGGAUCUGCAGUCGAAACCAAAUUUCCGACAAGUGGGAACGAAACCUACAGGGUCAGUUUUAGCAGUGCGCAGACAAGCACCACCUGACCCAAACAUGAAAAUAUCGUCAAUUCCGUCCAAGUACGAGACUGUUUUGCAUCGUGACCCGAAUGAACGCAAUGGCUUUGGCAAUCGAACGCAGCGCUUUGGUGAUUGCGAGAACGAGUUACCCGGGCCUGGUCACUACUACAAACCACCAAGUCUCGUACGCUCGACCUUAGAUUCGGGAUCGGUGUCUCGGUUGGGGUACAGCACAGGGUUCGUAUCUAAGUCGAAGCGAUUCAAUGAGCAGGUCAAGCAUGUCGUGCCGGGGCCUGGACAAUACCAGCCAACCAGAGAUGAUCGUCAGACACAGAACAAGAAGCACGGAAUGAGCAGUUUUGCUAACGCGCCCAAGCGCAGCAACAAUCAAAACCAGAGUACUUGUGCUCCAGGACCUGGCGACUACAACGCAGAGCAACCGUCAUUGGCGUAUUCUCACAAUGUCUCGAAGUCUGUUUUCUCUUCCAAAACGACCCGAGGGUGGCAAAUUCCGACCGAAAUUCCUGCUCCAGGGCAGUAUGAAAAUCCCAUUCAACUAGCACGAUCCCUCCGUGGCUCUUCUCAAUCUGUAUUCAAAUCAUCCGUAAAGCGUCUGGGGUCAGAUGCCUCUCUAACUCCUGGACCAGGAGCGUACAAUGCUGAGGAUGCAGAAACCGCACUUCGAUAUGACCAGGUGGCAAGAGCUCACACAAGUGCUGCCUUUCAAGCUGGAACCAUAGACCGCUUCGGACGCUUACCAGGAAAGAUCGUGACGGAUGGAGAACUCGGUCCGGGAACGUAUGAAGUAUCGACACUGGCAGAAAAGCUAGCAGAAAAACAAGGCUCUGCUAGCGUAUUUAAGUCGAAAACGUCGAGGGCAGAAGGAACAGGAAUGAAGUAUCAGAAAGGAAGUGUGCCAGGGCCAGCCUUUUAUCAUCCUGAGAACCCCGAAAAACGAUCUCACUUACUAAACGCCAAUAGAAAAUGGCUUUAG